AUGGCUGAAGCACUUGCCUUUACCGUUGGUUGCUCGAAGCCAAUUACCAGCUUGCACCUUGUGAAAAGCACUCUUGCUGAAUGUGGACCACGGCAAGUUUUGGUGAAGUUUCUGGCAGUUCCCAUUAAUCCAUUGGAUUUCGUCGUGAUUGAAGGCAAAUAUCCUGUGAAACUUCAAAGCUGCUACAAAAACGAGGCGGGUGAGACCCUUGCCAUUCCUGGCUCUGACGGCGCCGCGCGGAUUAUACAAACCGGUUCGGCUGUGAAUCAGUUGGAUGUUGGAGAUAUUGUUGUUCUCCGCACGCAUUGCCGGGGCACCUGGAGGACCCAUGCAGUCAUUGAAGAGGAUGAUCUGAUUCGUAUUCCGUCAACAUUAGACUCUCGCCUUGGGUGCCUGCUCCGUAUGGGCGUGGCUCCUGCGUAUUUCCUUCUGCGGGAGUAUCACGGACUCGAGCCGGGUGACUGGAUCAUCCAGAACGCGGCCACGGGCACCAUCAGUCAUUUUGUCUGCCAACUGGCUCCGCUAUUCGGCGUUCGAGUCAUCAGCAUUAUUCGCAACCGCUCUAGUGCAGAGGAACUCGAACGCACAAAGCGGUCCCUGCGAUCUCACGGGGCGUCUUUGGUACUCACGGAGGACGAACUCGGUACGAACACUGCACUGGAAGGAAAAAAUAUUGCUUUGGCUGUCGACUCCGUCUGCGACGAUGCUUUAACGUGCAAAAUGGCGACAUGCCUGAUACCGGGGGCCACGCUACUCACUGUCGGCUUCCUAGGGGCAGCAACGGCUCGAUCCAAUCCACAGUUGCGCCAAUUUUUGUGGCAAAAGAACAUUGCCCUCAAGGCAUUUAGGCUGAGUGACUGUCUGGGCAAACGAAACUUGUCACAACAGACCGCAAUGUUCGAGUGGUUUGGGGACUUGUUCGCUCGCGGGUUCCUCAAUUCUCCCGCAUUGGAAUACGUACAAUGGGGGAAAUCCUCUGAAAAACAGCUACAGAACGCUAUUUGGAAGCAGACACAAAUAUCGGUUGGUCAGCCUAAGAUAGUCUUGGUAUAUGAAGGUUGA